AAGUCUGUUCUGACUUGAAUUUUGAAUGAAACCCUUCUGGAUAGGCACCAGGGAGAGGGCAUCUCUUCCCUGACUGCUGCCUGAGUGGUUGCAGGGAUGCCAGAGUCUGUGUUGAAUCUUGACUUCAUUGUUGUGCCUUUGCGGAGUGUGAAAGGGGUUGGGAGGACUUGGAUGCCUGUGAGAAGGAGAGACUUCACAGAGCUAUGGGAUGAGCUUAAACUCAUGAGUUCUUUUAUAUAUUUAUAUAUAAAUUUUAAUCUUUGGGUGUGUAUUAUGAGUUUUUUUAUUUUUUAAGAGAUUCUCAACUGUUUGAAGGGGUUCAAAGUGACAUGUACUACAAAUUCACAUGUUGCCUGGCAGACUCCUCUGGAGACCUUUCCACAAACUUAUCCCUUUUGUCAUGAUGGCAAUCACCAUACCUGGGUCCUGUGGGUAGCUGCCUCUACAAAGGUACUGCUUUUCCUCCUCCUCACUGCCUUUGACCAGAUCCCUUCACUUGGCCUUGUUGUCUUCUCCGCCCUUAUCUUCAAAUGUACUCAGUUCUUUGUGUUUCUAGAGCAUUGUCCAGGUCUCUCUUUGGAAAGUUUGGUCUGGCCGUUUCUGAAGGGUUGUGUAUGUCUUCUGAUGUCUCAACCCUUAGGUUUUGAUUAAUUGCCUUUUACUUCUGCCUCCUAGGGAGGAGAGGACAUGAUGAAGUUGUGUCGCUAUACAGACUUCUGCAGGAAAAGCAGCUGCCGCGCUUUUUGACAGGGCCCAGGGCUGAGAUGAAUAUGCCAAAAGGUGGCCAGUGCUCUCCACUCUGUUCUGUUUCUUCCUUUUCCCCCACCGACCCCACUAGUCUAUAUGACCAGUCGUAAAGGGAAAUAUCCUUCUCUGAUAAAGCUAAGGCAUUUUGGUGUUUUAUACGUUAACAAGCUCCUAGGACAGUAGGAUAUAGUUCCUCUUUUCUGUGUAAAUACAGGAACAUAGUUUCUUCACGCUAUUUGUCCUGCUAGGUAUAACCUGCUAGAUGGAUAGCUUGAGCUGGACCUCGUGUCAAACAUCUGUCAAAAGCAAAAAACAUCUGUCAAAGCAUCUCAGUGAUAUCCGGGUAGCACACAAGAGCCAAACAAUGAAUAGCAAUGGACUGAAGUGGGCUGGCAGGUCUGGGAGACAAUGAACCAUGUAGCAUUACUGUGUUUAGGAACUGAAAUUCCUUUCUGUAGGAAGAAUGUGAUUUUUUCCAUUAACUGGGAAGGCUUUUGUGGAAGAAAAUUUCCUUGUCAAGGCAAGUAAUAGCCACAGCUGCUCUGGGAAAAUGGCAGUUGACUUCUGUGGUGCUGUUUCUCAGAUGCAAUUUCUUCUGCUUCCUGGAUGAAGGGGCAUAAGAAAUGAACAGUGUUGGGCAGUAGCUCAGAGGACGAAAAUGACUCUGGGUAGAAGACCUAGCUGGAGUGUCCAGCACAGAGGACAGUGCUGUCUCUCUAACUCGGUUGGCUCUGUUUUCCUUGUCAAAAUAUUUCUAGAUUAGAGAGGUCUCCCAGAGAAUUUUUGGGUUUGAUAUCUAAAUAUUGGUCUUUCUAAUAGCAUUUCCUUUCAGAGGUUUAGUGUCUUUGCUCACCCAUGAUACUGCCCCCUCAGAUCUUUUCUCUGCAGUUUUUUCAGGUAGCUCAGGAUGAGUCCUGUGAGAACUUGGAACGUUUCUAAGAUGUGGGUUAAGUUCCUGAUUCUGCUUCCCAGCAACGUUUGUUUGUGAUAAUUUCACCAGUGGAGAGGCUGCUUCUAGCAUUUCUGCAUUGCUCACCACUUGCUCUAGAAAAGUGCACUCUGUGGCUAAAGUUGCUGAAUGUUAGUCAUGUGGGCCUCUGCAGUUUGAAUAAUUUUUUCCACCGGGGUACAACUUGGUUGGGGCAGCAAAACAUGUAGCUUAUAACAAUACUGCUUCAUUCUGAAUUCAGCUGUUCCUGUUUCUUUGUGUCCUGCCUGUGAUAUGUUUAUAUGUCUAAAUACUCAGUGUUUCUUUGCCUUACCUACUCAGAUUCCUUGAAGCUUCCCAUCUGCUAGGCAGUCUUCAGGAACAGCAAAUACCUGGCCCUUUACUAGAUGUUUCUCUGCUCCACUGAAAGGAACCUGGGAAGGUGGCAAUUUUGCUCCCUGCAUUCAGGCUUUGUACAAGCAAAAUGUUUUGAAUCACCUUGGUGCAUCCCCAUAGGUGGAAGUUAGUAAAUGCAUAACCUGGAUCCCUGCAACUGAUGCAGGCUGUGCUGUUGCCUGCCUCCAGCAGUGCAUCCCCAGGCAGCGGGAUAGACUGAAUGAAGUGUUGUUUUUCUUCAAGAGGUAGAGAGAUCUCUAGGACUCCCUCUUUCCAUGGAGCUGUUUUUGGGUCAGUGGUGCUUGAAGACUAAAGUACUUUGGCCUUGAUGUGCAGGACAAGAAAAUACGUUGGUGGGAUAACUUUUUGCUUUGGGGAAGAGAGAAAGUACCAGAUAACUAUAGAAAUACCUUUCUGUAUGGUCUUGGCUUUAGUUUUCUGUGGAAACAGCUUGUCCUCCUUGGCCAGUCUCUGCAGAAUAUACACUGUGGUCUGAGCCCAGCUCAUCUCACUGCUGCUUUCUAAGAAUCUAGAAAAUGUUCUUGAGGCUUUUGGUUCUUAGGCAGGAGGUUACCUUCCCCUUUAUCUGCAAUUUGCAAGAUUUUUGUCUCCUAUUCAGUAGUAGUGGGAUGGGGAAGGCCUUUUCAAGGCCUGCUUAAUCCUGAAGUUGAAAUGGAAACUGCAGCAGGAAUCUACUCCCUUGAGGAUUAAAGGGGACAGGAUGCAGGCCCUUCCCCUCUGGUGCUACUUUGCAGCCUAGGGAUGAGAUAGGAGGGUUCCCUGAAACAUGCAGGUAGGUGUGGGUCUAGAUUUCACCAGAUGUUGACGAGAUGCACUAGAUUUCACUAGAUGGAAAAAGUAUUUGGUAAAAAACUAAAAUGAUGUAUGGGAAAGCCUGUGUGAUAAGAUAGAGAUGAAAUUUAUUCUUGAUAAGACAUAAACUAGUAUGUUAUGUAAUAUUUAUCUUAGUGCUAUGAAGACAGUGACGAGCUCUAAAUUAGCUACUCCUGCUCAGGAACUGUCUUUUAGUGACUCAGCCACAGAGGUGACUAUAACAUGAAAUACUGUUGGCAAAGACAUAGAAUGAAAUGGGAAAUUGUGUCUUCCUCCCUAUAAAGCCGUGUUGUGCGCAUGCCUUACAAUUUACAUAUAUGUCCAUUUAUAUGCAUGCUUAACCAUAUAUCCUUUUAAAAAGAGCAUGUCACAGCCAGCAACAGUACAGAGGGAACCAGGACAUCAGAAGCUGCGGACUUGCUUCCCCUCUAUUCCUGCACCUGAGAACAAGAGGUUAUGGGAUGAAAACAGCAAGAAAUAGGUUGAAAAGAAAAAGAAAUACUUUUCCUGCAGUGGAUUAUAGACUCAACAUAGAAUAUCAGUGAGGCCAAAAAUGUCUGAUAAUUUUUAAUACAUGUAUGUAUUCACAGAAUUAAAUGCCACCAAGCUAUUUAAAGAUUUCAAUAUAACAGCUAGCUGAGAAAGUCUCUGCUGCAUUUUGGCAGAUGCUGGCAGUAUAGGAUAAAGGAUGCAGUGCUGUAUGCUUGCUUUCUUUGCUCAUCGUCUUCUGCUGGCUGUUGUUGGGCAUGAGGUACUGAACUAGAUGUCUUGGAUCCAACAUGCCCCUUCUUAUGCUAUCCUUGUGGCUCCCAGCCCUCCUUUCCUCCAAAGAGAGAGCCUUGCCUUCCAUGCCUUUAUAAAUGCAUGGAAAAAAAAUCUUUUUUCCACCCCAUCUCCUUGUGCAGUAACAAAUCUUUUGCUGUAUGGGAUUUGUAUUUUAGGAGCAUAACUAUAGUUAUGGGAGAUCUAUUAUAGUCAGUGUAAUAUUAGAGAGACCCAGGUGGGAGAGAUCAAGGGCCAGCCCCUUCCCCUUCUUCCAGAUGAGAGUUCCUUUUGCUGCCUUUUCUCUGCCCUCUUAAAGAAACUGAAAUUCUAGAGAAAUUGUGAGAGCUUGGGCUUAGCACAGGAAGUUUCUUUCAGAAAGAGUUGGGCUAUUGCAUUUUUGUUAUCUGGAAUAAAUGGGCCGUCUCAACUUCCCUUUUCUCUUAAAAGCUGCAAUGUAAGACCUUCCCUGCUCAGAGGCAGCUGAGAUAGAAGCGUUAAAAUCCACAAGCAGAAAAGGGAUGCCAGUGCUUAUUUUGUGCACCCCCACAGUGUGCUCAGGCCCAAUAGUUUGUGUAGCUGCACAGGUGGGUUUUAACCUCCUCAUCUCAUUUUCUGGAGCUCCUGUUGGCAGUGCACUUGCUGCUGCUGACGGCUCUUCUGUUUUCAGCUCUGUAUGUAAUUCCUUUCACUCCUCAAAAGGUGAAGCUCUUACAGCCCUGGCAGGAUGUUGUGCACAAAAUGGGCAGUGUGGUUAGGGGUGCUGUUCCUCUAGGCUGGCCUUGUGACUUUCCCACCAUGAUCUCAGCAUCAUGGUGAGCAGCAUUCACACCUUUCUUAGAUCUAGGGUAUAGCUGAGCUACCUGACUUGUUACUAGAGCAUUGGUAGCUCUUCUAUUAGCAGGCCUCCCCAUCCCACCUGCCAGAGGGCUUUGGAUUUCCAAGGCAAGAAUGGGCACACACUCUGGGGGAAUUAGGUCUUUCAUUUCUAGCAGGAGCUCCUUGCCUUGGCCUCUUCAGUACAAUCAAAAUGGGUUCUCCCACGCUACCUGCCUCUCUGCCAGCCUGCUUCUUUCAUAUCGUAUGCUGGACUAUUCAGUUGUCCAGCAGCAGCAGGGAAGUCCAGGAAGAGCAUUAACAUUAAUGCAAACAUUGAUACUAAACUGAAGUGCAAAGUCCACUGCUUCACAGCCAUCAUCAUGUUCUCACCUAAGUAAACAAGGAUUCAACCUGAAAAUAAUUUGUGUAAUUUACAUUAGCCAUGUUCUUGGGUCUGGUCUAGCUUCCAUACUUUUCAAAGGCAGGGCAGGCCCUAUUUGGAUGCUCUUGUAGCAGUUUAUCUGGACUGGACUCAGCUUGCACUUGUGAAUUAUGAUGACAUGGAGGGUGCCUGUAAAGGAAAGUUACUCUGGCACAUGCCCAUGCGACUGUUGUAGUUUGAAUCAGUCACAGAAAUGUUUUUGGGAAGAACCUCUGUAUGUCUCUAACUCAACCUCCUGUUUGAAGUGGGGCUAUAUCUAAUGCUAGAUGAGAUCAGCUGUGGUUUUAUCUAGCCAAAUCCUAAGGGUGGAGGCCCCUCUAUCUGGGUACUUGUCCCAGCCCAGCACCACCCUUCUAGGGAAAAGCUCUUUCCUGAUGUGUAUCCUGGCCCUCCCACACCACAGUUUGUGGCUGUUGCCCUUUGUCACAGCAUUUGCCACUACUAAGAAGAGUUUGCUUCCAUCAUCUUUGCAGCUUCCCUUCCAACAGUUGCAGGUCACUAUCAGGUCAGCCCUUGGCCUCCACGUUAACCCAGCCCAGCGCUCUCAGCCUCUCCUCUUAGGCUGUGCCCCAGGCUCCUGACCAUCGCGGUAGGUGUCUGCUGGCUCCUCUCCAGUUUUCAACAUCCCUUUUGAGUUGGACACACUAUUUCAGGUACAGCAUCACCAGUGCCAAGCAGAGGUGAUAUUAACUGUGCUCAAUCUGCCUUUCACACUCCUUGUAUUGUGAACAAGGCAAGCUAGGCUGCAUUAAGAGCACGCUGCUGAUCUUCUCUAUCAAGAAUGGCCUGUAGUUAAACUGGUGCAGCUUUGUGCAUGGAUGAAGGCUAGCUUUUCUGUUCAGUUUGGAAUUGUAGAAAGAGAUGCUGCAAGUGCCUCUGCUACGGUUGGGUGUCUGUCAGGCUUAUUCAGGGAGUGUGGGGGGCUACAAGACAGGCAAGCAGCUGGUUCCUUCACAUAACUACUCAGGCCUGCUCCUACGCACUUUCAGCAUGCCUUUGUGCAUCUACCAGUUAUGAUUAUCUGGCCCUUCAGGGCUGUCUGCUCUCAGAAACCUCCUGCCUCCUUCCCUGCAAAUGCCUAUGUCAGCUCUUGGUGAAGAAAAAACAACAGCAUUUCCUUGUUAAACAACCCACAGCGAAUAAAGGCAGAACAGACAAAAACAUCUGUGAUCUGUUGUUAUAGCGUGAGUGACUCACCAGCAAAUAUUAUGCCUGUGAUUUCAUUGGUGUCGGUGGUACCUGGGGGAAUCCCCUGUGAAACCUAAGCAGAGCAAUGCCAGGACUGUGUGCCCUGGGACUAUGGCAGCAGGCCCAAUAGCAAACAGGUUCCUUACAUGUCCUGUUUGCUCUUUCAUCCCAGGCUGGUGCAAUGCAAGCAGCACAAAGAACUGGGCAAAGCUAAUAUUAAGUUAGUUUAAUUAAGUGCAUCAAGUCAACAUAGCAUUAUAUGUCGCAGAUAGGGCAAGGAAUCUAGCUGCCACAGCCUAGAAUGUGUCUCUGGCUAAUGUUCCUGUGUACUGGGACUCGCGCACCAGUGCAGCCUGAUGUACAGCCUCCUCCCUGGAGGCCAUGUCCCCUACCGUGCCCUGACCGGUUCUGUCCCCCAGCCAUGCCCAGCCCUGCCCUCGGCCAGGGAGCACCUCUGGCUCAGAGCUCUCGCAGGGCAUGGAUACUCUGUCUCCAGCCCACGAAGCAAUGAAUAAUUGCAGAGCGUGACGAGCCCGUGACCAGCACAGGGCCUUCUCAGCAGUUGCCUCGUUGCCAGCCUGUUCAAGGAAGGCAGGAGGGCCACGAGAAUCGGUGUCAAGCCCCAGAAUCCCCAGGGCUCAGCCUGGGCACGUCUAGCGAGUGUUGCAACCGCCAAGAGGGAAGUGACUCAUUCACCUGAGAAUGUAGCGCCCUCCUUCCCUGUCCACCCCUUUCCUCCCACUUCUCCGGGAAGAUCCUCUUCCUAGACACAAGCAUGCUGCCGGCUCAGCAGUGCCAGUGGUUCGGCUUCUUGAAGGGACCCAGUGGGCUGGGCUCUGCCGUGCUGGAUGCUCCAUGGCCCUAAGUGACACUGCAGUAACGGUGCUGUUGCUCCCAUUCUGGUGUCCUGUUCUUGAGAGCUGUCUGUGUGGAGACCUUUUGGCCCCAGGUCGGAAAAAAUAACAUCUGGAAGAGGACCAAGGACCCUCAAUAAGAUAUCCAUCACUGCUCUACUAAAGCUGAAAAUGGACAUGUCACACUGAAUUCAUUCAACUGUGAAAAGAAGAAAAGCUAUAACAGGAAAUUCUGCAUCAGAAGCACCAGCUCAGCAGCACAAUGUCUGGAGACAGCAAAGGUGGUGCUGAAGGCACCUCAUGCCGCAUAGACUCUGACUUUCGCUACACCCUCUUCACUGUUUUCUACAGCAUCAUUUUCAUUCUGGGCUUUGUUGCCAACUGCUACGUGCUCUGGCUUUUCAGCCGUAUUUACCCCACCAAGAAACUCAAUGAAAUCAAGAUAUUCAUGGUGAACCUGACAGUGGCUGACCUGCUCUUCUUGGUUACGAUGCCCUUGUGGAUUGUUUACUAUCACCACCGUGGAGACUGGAUCAUGCCUGGGUUCCUCUGUAGCGUGGCUGGCUGUUUAUUCUUCGUUAACACCUACUCUUCUGUUGCCUUCUUGAUGGUCAUUACAUAUAACCGUUACCAAGCCGUGACUAAUCCCAUUAAGGCUGCUCAGUUCACCACCCAGAGAAGGGGUAUCUACUUGUCAGCAGCUAUCUGGAUCAUAACAGUGGGCAGCUCUUUGUAUUAUCUCUUUGACGAUAAUACUAACGAGGAGAAAAUCGGCUCAAUGAAUUUUACCCGGUGCUUUGAGUACUACAGUAACUCUGCUAGCAGUGUUCCAGCUGUUCUCACCAUUCAUGUGAUCAUUUGCAUCCUUUUCUAUGUAAUUUUCCUAUUUAUCUUAGGCUGGAACAUCGUCAUUAUCAGGACCCUCUUCUCUAAGUCAAUGCAGCAGCGGAAGAGCACUCACGUCAAGAAAAGGGCACUCUGGAUGGUUUGCACGGUGCUGGCUGUGUUCAUCAUAAGCUUUGUACCUCAUCACAUUGUGGACCUGCCUUGGACCCUCACUGUUCUGGAACAGUGGCAAAAGGACAAUUGUCUUUUGCGCCAACAACUCAAUGAUGCUCACCAGGUGACUUUGUGCCUCUUGAGUAUGAACUGUGUGUUGGACCCAGUCAUCUACUGCUUUCUCACCAAAAAGUUCCAGAAGCAUCUUUCAGAAAACCUGAAAAGCAUGAAAGGCAGUCGCAAGUGCUCCAGGCAAACCACAGACACAAUGAUUGACACUGUUCACCAGGAGGAUGCCAUCAGGAUCUAGCACAGAACUGUUCCAAUUGCAGAGACUGAGAUACAUGAAUCGGUCACUGUCUUUUCUCAAGAGGAUGCAGUGAGUAAUGCAACAUAGGACCAGGAUCUUACAUUUCUUUUUUUCCAUUAGAAAGAUGAAUGCAUACUCAUUUCUUCUCUCAGAUGCAACUGGCAGAACUGGAACCUGUCACAGGCUGGCACAAAAGUACCUUCUAUCUUGGCUGGUGUUCCAUGAGCACUGAGAACAGCUCAGACAAUCUGCUUUUAUGUGAAAGAAAUCUGCCAUUGACUCUUCCCAGUGAAUGGCUAGAAGCUGAAUGCACUGAAAAUAUCCAUUGUGUCAGCCCAGACAGGACUGUCCCUGGUCCUUCGGCUGUCCAGCUCCCAUGAGGAAUCCAAUCGCAGAGCUAUAAGAGACUCCUAAAAGACCUGGAGGAACACAAUGAGCUGCUAACAUCAUCAGGUUACUCUUCUGAGCAGCUUGUAUGGUUCUGUGAAGAGAGUUUGAGCUGAAUAAGUGUUAGAAUGGCUAGAAGGGACCUAGUCCAAGGAGUUCCUCAUGAUGCCAUCAUGAUGGCAUCUCUGACUCCUUCUUUGUGUGACCUGCUGGGGUCCGUACUUGACAGAUGCCUGGGGAUAGCUAUUAUGAAGUUUGGCCUUUGCUCUCAGCUCUUCAAUCAGUCAAGUAACUGGAUUAGGAGGCAAGAAAAAUUGGCAGCGCCUGGGAAAGUUCUAUCCCCAAAUCAGCAUUAUGGCCGAAGAGGACUAUUGUCUGCCCUGACUUCCUGAAUGAUGGCAAAAAGGGCAGACAAGUGGCCUCUUGCACUCAGAAAUUCAAUUCAGAAAUUCAGAAAUUUUUGGCUGACUGCCUGUGUCUGUGUAGAUCCAAUCUCACUUUGCAGUCUCCAGAUAAUGGGACUGUUGUCCGUAUGGGCAUUAAGAAGAAAUAAGUUUAAAACACUUCAGUAUCUUUCUUCUUACUUAUUUAAAUUCAGGUUAUAAAAAGAAUCUAUACAUUAUUUCCUUCCCCCAGCCAUUUUAUUUCUGCUAUGAAGAAAUGAAGCUGACUUGAUAUCUAACCACAAAUGAAGUAUUAGCUUGUGGGCACAUCCUGGCCACGUUCUCAGUAAGUCAGUGCUGCCACAGUGGUAUAGUACAAGUUGCAGGUGUGUAAUUCACAUAUUCGAACAAGACUUGGGACUCCUUGCUUAGGGCUGGUUGCAGUCAGUAGGGGCCCAGGGCGAAGUGGUUUUCCAGGGGUGCUGACUUUUGUUACAAAUCAUGAGCCACAUGAGGUUCCUUUUCUGACCCAAUUGCUCAAUCCAGCAGGGGAAACAGAGCAGGGAAGGGAACUUUCUUGUUUUUACAACAGUUUUGGUUCCUCAAACCACAUACAAGAGCCUGGCUGAUGACAGAGAAAGCACAUCUGCCACGGUGGUGCUCGUUACUUAUAUGCAUGAAGAACAGCCUUCCUACACGAGCCAGCAGAAAAUUCAACAGAUAAGCUUUCCGAAGACAGGAUCAGCAUUAGUAUCAGACUUUGCCAAUGUUCAGUGGAGAUGGAGGUCCUUCAGAUGUAUCCCCUGAAGAUCCUUUUAUGCCUGGGUGUGUGAAUGAGCAGGAGAAUUAAGAAAUUUCUUUUUCUAGUGCCAUCUGCCAGGGUCAGCCAGGCACUCCAGGCCCAAUGCCAGGCAGAGGAGAGUCUGAUCACAAUGAGAAUGCAUUUGCCUCUUCAUCCUGAACUCUUCUCCCGUAAUGGCCACCCAUAGAGCUCACCUGAAGGAAUCUCCUAGUAGAGAGAUACUUCCCUGACUAUGUGGAACAGGCACUGCACAGUCAUGCUCAAAGCUCUGCCCUGAAUCUGCACUCAUCUGAACCACAGUGCACAGCAAGGGUGGCAAUUUCUUUAACUGAAAAGCCUAGAGCACACUUGCUGGAGGAAUUUGCUUUUCCAAGCAGAGCAGCUCCUGCAGCUGGCAGACGGGGUGGAACUUCUCCCUUUUCUCCUCACUAUCUGGGGCAAGAGCAGAAUUCUCUGGCUUCAGAGCAUGUUAAGAUGGAGUCUGGCAACUCUCAGAAAAAAUGGAAAGGGAUUAUUUUAUGUGAAGAUUUGGUAAGAGCACGCUUUUCUUCUACUUGUUCCUGGAAAGCUUGCAAGAGAGCUUACAGUUUGGGCUAUUCGUUGUGGGUAAAUAAUAUGCUUUACUGCACACAAAACAGCUGCUGAGGCCAGUGUGAGCUCAGAGAACAAAUGUGAAUUUCUUGCAUCUAAAGGAAAGGGUAAAAGGAGGAAAAGCCCCUGAGGGACACUUCAGCACGAUAUGCUGAAGUAAUUUAGUAAGUGUUUAUUUCUAAAAACAGCCCUGAGCUUCUACUUCUGUUCCUGGAAUGACUCUUUCAGUUUUACAGGGGAAACAGUGUUGUAUUAAACUGCUUUACUUUGCAGUAAGACAGAUCCUCAAAAGUUGUUUUAAAUAAACUUUGCUCCUAAA